CAGCAGUGCAGCUGGGGCGAAGGCGGCUUGGGGCUACAAAUCAAGUGCCCUUUCCUUUUCAAGAUGGAAAGGAGCAAAGCACCCAGCAGCGGGUUCAGGAUGCAACCUACUUGCGAAGCUGCUGGGCUCCCAGCUUAGCACGGCACAAUUACUACCAAAUCUUUCUCGGACGCGGAGGGCGGCGGCGCUCCUGGCGGGGAGGAGGCGGGCGGCAGCGGAGCGGGGUCAGGGCCGGCGGGCACGUCAGCCGCGGCAUCAGCUGCGGCGGUGGAGGUCGGGGACGACGAGGUCCAGCACGUAUCCGAGGGCGGGUGGCCCUUCCAGCGCCUGGCCGACCAGCUCGUCCUGGAUCUGCUGGAUCCAGUUUGGGAAGUACGGCACGGUGCCGCGCUGGCGUUACGGGAGCUCCUGCGGGGCCAUGCGGGGGCGGCGGGGGUGGAGGCGCCGCUGCAGGGCAGUGUGCCCUCGGGCUGGGCGGUGCCGGGGGGGCAGGGCAAGCGCGGCCUGGGCGGCGGCGUGACGGCGGCGCAUGUGGCUGCGGCGAGGGCGGGCAACAGGCGGUGGCUGGAGGAGUGUAUUGUGCACCUGCUGUGUGUGCUGGCGCUGGAUAGGUUCGGGGACUACGGGUCGGAUCAGGUGACCGCCCCUGUGCGCGAGACCGCCUCCCAGGCCCUGGGCAUGGCCCUGCAGGCGCUUGACGCGGGGUCGGUGGGGUCGGUGGCGGGGAUGCUUCGGGAGCUGCAGGUGCAGGGUGACUGGCGGGUCAGAUACGGCGGCUUCUGCGGCCUCAAGUACACCCUUGCUGCCCGGUUGGACCUGGCUCCGCAGCUGCUGCCUGCCGCGCUGCCGCUGCUGCGGCGGGGCCUGGCGGACCCGGAUGACGACGUGCGGGCCGCGUGUGCGGACGCGCUGGUGCCGGUGGCGGGGGCGCUGCGGGUGGUGGGGCCACAGGCGGUAUCCGAGCUCCGAGCGCAGCUGUGGGACCUGCUGCCGCAACUCUCCGACCUGUCCGCAGCAACCAAUAGCGUCAUGUCCUUGUUGGCUCAUCUGUACGGCAGCGGUGCCAGCAGCAGCAGUAGCAGCAACGCUAGCGGCGGCGGUGGAGGCGUUGGCGGCGCUAGCGAGGAGCUAACGUUGCUGGUACCGCGGUUGUGGCCGUUUGUACGGCACACGCUGAGCACCGUACGCGCAAGCGUGAUGCAGUGCCUGGAACGCAUGCUUUCCACCGCCGCAGCUGCUGGUUCAGGAGGAGCAUCUUCUGCAGCAGCAGCACCCACGCGAUGCAUGGCAGCAGACGCCCAACACGGCGUAAGCGAUGCAGCCGACGCUCCAGCCACAGCAGCAGCCGACACUGCCGACGCUCCCUUGCAGUGCUAUCCAGCCUGGCUACAGCCGCUGCUCCCCGCGUUGCUACAGCUGGUCUUCCAAAACGUCAUGGUGGAAAGCGAGACGCGCGUGUUGGACGCCUCUGUCCGCGUCUGGCGGCUGUUGGUGCGCUGCGCCGCCCCCGCGGCACUGCAGGACUCCCUUUCCCCGGAGCAGCUGGCGGGGCUGCUUGCCAUGGGGGCUACGCAGGUGGGUCGGCCGCUGGAUCCACAGAUCUUUAUGGUGCCGUACAGCGCGGAUCCGAGCAGGCUACUGCCGCUGGCGGUGCUGAGGCAGCUGGCGGGGCCGGCGGCGGCGCCGGCAGCUGCAGCUGCCGCCUCCACGGCGGCUGCGGGGGAUGCCGGGGGGCUGCGUAGCCCCAAGCGUGCUCGGACGUCGUCAAAGCAGAAGCAAAACGCCGCCGCGGCAGCGGCGGCGGAGGCUGCGGCGGCUGCCGCCGCCGCCGCAGCGGCGGGACCAGGGCUUCCUAACGACUUCAUCGUUGGGACGCUGGGGGAGGAGGCGGUGGCCAGGAUGCGUACGACGGCUGCGAGCUGCCUGGGGGCGCUGUUCGCAUGCGCCCAUGCAAACGGUGCCGUAGCCCCGGCACCCGUGCUGCUCGCGGGGCUGUCCUCGUCCUCCGCCACAGCCCGGCAGUUCUCCGCCCUCACCGCCCGCGCAUGGUUGCAAUACGCCAAGCAACAACUGCUACUGCUUCAACCACCCAACACCGACCCAUAUCAAGCGCAGCAGCAACUACAGCUCCUGCUACAACAGCAACCGCAGAUCCUGAUCCCGCAACCGCUGCUACAGCAGAUCUUCCGGGCGCUUUCCGCAAACUCCUGUACGGCACCGCUAGCGCCAGCAUCCCUGGAGCCGUACUCGGAAGUAGCGCCGUACUAUGCCCAGAUGCGGCGGGAGGUUUUAGCGCUUGUGUCAGCGGCUCUGGAGGUGAAUGUGCUGCUGCCGCUGCCUGCGGGUGUGGCGGUGGAUCAUGUGGGAGCGGAGCAUGCGGCCGCGUUGGUGGCGGCGGCGGCGGCAGCGGGGCCGGCGGAGGGGACUCCGCUGGCGCUGGCAUGCUCCCGUCUUCGAGGCGCGCUUGCUUCUCUACAGGCCCUGGAGCAGUACCUGCACGUCACCGCCCUCGCCUCGCUGGCAGCUGCCUGCGUGCACAGCGGCGCGCUGCCGGACAAGUUCAACACCGUCAUUCAGCCGCUCAUGAACUGCUUGCGGAGGGAGCCGCAACUCAAACUGCAGGAGGUGUGCGCGGACGGUCUAGCUGAACUGCUGGCGCUGUGCUGCGGCCGUACUCCCAGCCCCAACGACAAACUGGUUCGCAACAUCGCCGCUAUGGCUACUGCUGACCUCCUCGCCACACCGGGCUCCGGAGCGCCCGGCACAGCAACAGCAGCAGCAGCAGGACCCCUUGCUGGACUGCAGCAGCAGCAGCAACAGCAGCCUGGUGCAGCUGGACCGGAUGGCAACGGGGAUCCCGCUGCCUCGCAACAGCUGACUCGGAUCAGCCGUCGCGGCGGCGAGGCGGCCCUGGUGGCCAUGGCGCGGCGUUUCGAGGCGGGGCUGUGGCAGCAACUGCCCACCCUGUGGACCCUGGUAGCUGGGCCGCUGGCGACGUCAGUAGCAGCAGCGGGCGGAGGAGGAGGAGGAGGAGACGCAGUUACAACUGCCGCGGUGGGCGGUCUUCACAUCCUCCGUGUGUUGGGCCCUGCUUUGGCGGCUCCGUUGUUGCCCAGCGUGGUGCCGCUGCUGGGUGAUGUGUGCCGCUGGGUGCGUGCGAGUGACCCACGGGUCAGGCAGGCGGCUGCUCGGUGCGCCUCCACGCUGGCGAGGUGCUGGACGGCGGAGCUGAUGCCGGAGCUGUUGAAGCAGGUGGUCCCCAUGCUGUCCUCCCCGGACGAUGGCGUCCGGCUGGGCGGUGUGGAGGUGGUUUCGGCGCUGUGCGGCGAGCUGGGCGCCGCGCUGGUGCCGUACGUUGUGUUGCUGCUGGUGCCGCUGCUGCGGCGCAUGAGUGACCCGCAUGCGGAGGUGCGGGCGGCCGCCAGCAGCUGCUUCGGAGCGCUCAUGACGCUGCUGCCGCUGGCGCAGGGCGUGCCCACGCCUCCAGGCCUGGACGGCUCCCAGCUCGCCACCGUGCAGCAGGACAGCGCCUUCCUGCUGCAGCUGCUGGACAACCGCCACGUGGCGUCGUACGACCUGCCCUUCCAACUGCCGUACACGCUGCGGCCGUACCAGCAGGACGGCAUCAACUGGCUGGCCUUCCUGCGGCGCUUUGGGCUGCAUGGGGUUCUCGCGGACGAUAUGGGCUUGGGGAAGACGCUGCAGGCCUCAUGUAUCAUGGCCGCAGCCAGUCUUGAAGCUGAAGCGGCCUUCGCAGCCGCCGCCUCCACACCUCCACCCGCUUCAGACCCUCCUGCUACGGGACCCUCUUCCAGCCUCUCCUCCGCCCCUCAUGCGCAGCUGCAGCUGCUACCCUGCCUGGUCGUCUGCCCGGCCACCCUGGUCGGCCACUGGGUGCAUGAAGUCAACUCCACCAUCGGACCCAUGGGUCUGCGACCCCUCGCGUACGGGGGACUUCCCAGUGAGCGCGCGGCGGCGCAGUCGGCGUUCGACAAGUCGCUGCGGUCAGUGAGCGCCGCCUCGCCUCGCCUGCCGUACAACAUGCUGGUGAUGAGUUACGAGUCGCUGCGGGCGGACAUUGACUGGGUGGCGUCGCGCAAUUGGUUGUAUUGCGUGCUGGAUGAAGGGCAUGCGAUCCGAAACCCGCGAAGCAGGGUAACGGUGGCGUGCAAGCGCAUCGUGGCCCAGCACCGACUGCUGCUGAGCGGCACGCCCAUCCAGAACGACGUGUUGGAGAUGUGGUCGCUGUUCGACUUCCUCAUGCCGGGCUUCCUGGGGCCGGAGAGGGCGUUCAGGGCCAAGUUCGGCAAGGCGCUGCAGGAGGCCCGCGUGAGCAAGCGCGGCAGUCGAGAGGCCGAGGCAGGUCUCCUAGCGCUGGAGGGCCUCCACCGCUCCCUGCUCCCCUUCGUGCUACGGCGCAGCAAGGGCCAAGUGCUCGCGGACCUGCCGCCCAAGAUCGUCACUGACAUCUACUGCGACAUGAGCGAGCUGCAGGCGCGACUGUACGAGGAUUUCAGGAAGUCCAAGGCGAGUGCGGAGGCCAUUGAGGCGUUACGGUCGGGCGACGCGCGUCGUGCGGCGGCCGCCGGCAGCGACGACACGGGCGGUG